AAAAGAUUAACGAUUUGGCACUUGUCUUCUCAUUCAUUCUCUCUCUCUUCUUUUUCUCCCCCUACUCUAGUUCUUCUCUCUCUCUACAUUCUCUUCCAUAAAUUCACAAUAACAAACAACUCACUCACAGCAAUGACACAAACAACAACAACCUCUUCAGAAACAACCACCACGACAACAACCUCAAACUCCUCCACCUCUUCAUCUUCUUCACCACCACCACCUUCACAUUCAACCCAAAAACAAACCCAGACAAAGCCCAGAGACGACGACAACAACAAUAAUAACAAACACCCAACCUACCAUGGCGUAAGAAAACGCAGCUGGGGAAAAUGGGUGUCGGAAAUUCGAGAACCUCGCAAAAAAUCACGAAUCUGGCUCGGAACAUUCUCAACACCAGAAGCUGCAGCUAGAGCACACGACGUAGCAGCUUUAACCAUCAAAGGCAAAACCGCAAUUCUCAAUUUUCCUAAUAUCUCCAACAUGCUUCCUAUACCUGCCACGUCAGCACCACGUGACAUUCAAGCCGCAGCGACAGCGGCAGCAGCUAUGGUUGACUUUGAUGAACCUGUCGUGCACGUGACUGAACAAUGUUGUUCUGAAUCUGAUGAGUCUGAACAAGAACAAGAACAAGAACUUAGUCAAAUUGUUGAACUUCCUAAAAUUAAUGAAGGUGAAGAUGACUCGGUUGUUGACUCAGCUGGUUCUGAGUUUGUUUUGCUUGAUGACUCGGUUGGUAGUACUAACUGGGUUUAUCAUCAUCCUUUUACUCCCUCAAUUGGUUUUGAAGAUGGAAUUGAAUUCUAUGCUACUUUUUCUGAUGAUUUUUUAUCACCCAUUUGGGAUUGAAAUCAUGGGUUGUUUUCAAUUUCAUCAAAUUUUCUACUUUUGGAAUUGGAACAUUACUGUAAUAUAUUUAGUAUAUUAUUAUUACUACUACACUUUAUUCUCAAACAUUGUUAUUAUAAUUUUUAGUUAAGGUCUUAGGUAGUACUCCAAAUCCAAGUUGAAACUCAAACCUUUUCUUUUCUCUCUCUAUGCAUAGUCUUUGGUGGCUUCUUCUGUUUACUAGAAACGGACAAUGUGAAUGCUGAAUAAGUUUCAGCCACAAAAUAGUGUAAUAAUGGACUCCAAAUAAUAAUUUUUUCACUGUUUGAUAUA